AGCCGGGCCCGGGAGCCCUGGGCGGCCGCAGCAUGUGAGCGCCGGGGCGGGGAUGCUCUGGCUGCUCUGCGGCCCCUCCCGCGCCAUGGACGCCCAGGCGCUCGUCAUCCGCAUCAAGAUCCCCGACGGGGCCGCCGUGGACUGGACCGUGCACUCCGCGCCCCAGCUGCUCUUCAGGGAUGUGCUGGAUGUCAUCAGCCAAGUUUUGCCAGAUGCAACGACAACAGCCUUUGAGUAUGAGGAUGAGGAUGGUGACCGGAUCACGGUCAGAAGUGAUGAGGAGAUGAAGGCCAUGCUGUCCUAUUAUUACUCCACUGUAAUGGAGCAGCAAGUAAAUGGACAGUUGAUAGAGCCUCUGCAGAUCUAUCCAAGAGCCUGCAAACCUCCUGGGAAACGGAACAUACAUGGCCUGAAGGUAAAUACUCGAGCAGGGGCUGCCAACAACAGCGGCUCAGCUGUGGCCGAUUCCCUCCCCAGCAAUAGCUUGAAAAAGUCUUCUGCAGAGCUGAAGAAAAUACUUGCCAAUGGCCAGAUGAAUGAACAAGACAUACGGUAUCGAGACAUCCUCGGUCACGGCAAUGGAGGCACAGUCUACAAGGCAUACCAUGUCCGUAGUGGAAAAAUACUGGCAGUAAAGGUCAUCCCCUUAGAUAUAACACUGGAACUCCAGAAGCAGAUCAUGUCAGAGUUAGAAAUUCUUUAUAAGUGUGACUCAUCGUAUAUCAUAGGAUUUUAUGGUGCUUUUUUUGUAGAAAACAGGAUUUCAUUGUGUACAGAGUUCAUGGAUGGGGGUUCUUUGGAUGUUUAUAGAAAAAUUCCAGAGCAUGUCCUGGGGAGAAUAGCAGUGGCUGUUGUGAAAGGCCUGACCUAUUUAUGGAGUCUAAAGAUUCUGCACAGAGAUGUGAAGCCCUCCAAUAUGUUGGUGAACACCCGGGGCCAGGUGAAGCUCUGUGACUUCGGGGUCAGCACACAGCUGGUGAAUUCUAUAGCCAAGACGUAUGUUGGAACAAAUGCUUACAUGGCGCCUGAGCGGAUUUCGGGGGAACAGUACGGAAUUCACUCGGAUGUUUGGAGCCUGGGCAUUUCCUUCAUGGAGCUUGCUCUUGGGAGGUUUCCAUAUCCUCAGAUUCAGAAAAACCAGGGAUCUUUAAUGCCUCUCCAGUUAUUGCAGUGCAUUGUUGAUGAGGAAUCGCCGGUCCUUCCAGCCGGGGAGUUCUCGGAGCCAUUUGUACACUUCAUCACUCAAUGCAUGAGGAAGCAGCCAAAGGAAAGACCAGCACCUGAAGAUUUAAUGGGCCACCCCUUCAUCGUGCAGUACAACGAUGGCAACGCCGAGGUCGUGUCCAUGUGGGUGUGCAGGAUGCUGGAGGAACGACGGGCCACCCAGGGCCCACAGUGAGCUGGGAGCAUCCCAGGAAACCAGAGCUCAUCCUGGACCAGAAGCACCAUCCCCAUGCUUCGGACUCGCCCUUUCUCCGGAUCCUAUUUCCCUAAAAAUAUUUUCUAGGAGCACCAACAAAGCCUCUCGGGGGGUUUGUUGCUGCCUUUCCCUCACUGCCACACUAAAGGAAUUUUCUUCCCACCUUUCUUUUGCUGCCGAGCAAUUUUACAGAUUAUCUUCAGUUAUACUGUCCACAGCCUUGAAGCAAGUAUUUUAUAUCUCUAUUUUUUGGUUAUUGAAUGUACUGGAUGUUUCCUGACUCCAGAGUAUUUUUUAACUGUUGCUCUUGUACGGAUGACACGCCGAGUGUUUAGAGGAAUCCUGAGGAGCUGGUGGCUGUCUCUGUGUCCAGAAAGCCACAAAAGACUGGGUUGAAAUGUAAAACAAAAGCAAACAAACAGAAAAAGAGAAGGAUCUGGGCUUGCCCAGGUGAGGGUUGCCCUUCCAGAGGGCAUUCAGGUGGAUCAGCACUAAUAAAUGACUGGGAAUGCCUCUCCCUGCUCCCGGCACCGGCUGCUGCAGUGCAGGUCAGGUUUGCUGGGAGAGCCAAGCAGGGAAGAGAACACAAAAAUGAAGAGCAUCCAUGGUCAGGCUCUGCAGGCUGGUCCCUCAGUCAGAAGGGUUUUGCUGAGGUGGAAAAGGUGAGGGGAAAGGACAGUGCUCAGCUCUGGAGCCAGGCUGGGAGAGCUGGGGGGGUUCACCUGGAGAAGAGAAGGAUCCAAGGAGACCUGAGAGCCCCUUGCAGGGCCUAAAGGGACUCCA